AAGAGUAGGUAGCCUUCUUCCUGUUCUAUUCCGUUCCCAUUCAUACCAAGCUCGUUCUUCUUCUCUCUGUCUUCUCCCAUUCCAAUCAUCCUCUGCGAAAAUAGAGGCCUACCACAACCUUGCAAUUUCGCUCUACACACAUCACACUUCCACCAUGUCGACACCACUUGCAGGAAAGGUUGCCAUCGUCACUGGCGGUUCCAAGGGCAUAGGCGCCGCCACCGUUGUCGAGCUUGCCAAGCAAGGCGCCAAAGUCGUUAUCAAUUUCUCGUCCGACGCCACACCCGCCGAGGAGCUCGUUAAGCAGAUUGGGCCCGAUAAUGCCCUUACCGUCAAAGCUGACGCAGCGAGUGUGGCUGGCAUCGAAGAAUUGGUAAAGCAAACCGUUGCCAAAUUUGGCAGAAUCGACAUCUUGAUUCCGAAUGCCGGUGUCCUCCCGAUGAAAGACCUGGAGAGCACCACUGAGGCGGACUUCGACAGGACAUUCGCAAUCAAUGUCAAGGGUCCCUACUUCUUGGCCCAGAAAGCCGCCCCCCACAUGUCGGAAGGCGGUCACAUCGUCUUCCUCUCUACAAGUCUUUGCGCAGCGUCAACCGUCGCGCCCAACUACCUUCUUUACAACAGCACCAAGGGCGCGAUUGAACAGAUGACACGAGUCAUGGCGAAAGACCUUGGCCGGAAAGGCAUUUCGGUGAACGCGGUUGCCCCCGGACCAACAGCUACAGAGCUGUUUAUGAGAGGCAAGCCUGAGCAAGUGAUAAAAACCAUAGCGGGCCUCAAUCCAUUCAACAGGAUUGGCACGCCAGAGGAGGUUGCUCAGGUUAUCGUCAUGCUGAGCUCGGGAGCUAGCCAAUGGGUCAAUGGUCAGGUGCUUCGAGCGAACGGCGGGUUUGCGUAGGCAGACAACGCCUUCGUAUCUUGUAAUUAGAUGGACAAGUGAACGAAUAUUUCUUGAAACUG